GAAAAAGAACAAAGAAGAAAACAGGGAGCGGGGAAAAGGGGGAAUAUGGACUGGUCGAAACAUGAGAUCUCAGAGGAAUGAAUCCAAGAGUGAAGGAAAAAAAACGAAGUUUAGAUUGGCAGUGACUAAUGGCGAACGGAGCUCAUGCCGAAGAUAAAACUCUACAAUCCAUCUGCUACAAACGCGGCUCUCUCCAGCUCCUUGAUCAGAGGAAGCUUCCAUUAGAGACAAUUUAUUUGGAUAUAAAAACUGCACAAGACGGAUGGGAUGCAAUAAAAGAAAUGGUAGUCCGGGGUGCACCUGCAAUUGCUAUAGCCGCUGCACUCUCCUUGGCUGUCGAAGCAUCUAACAUAGAGGCCUUUAAUGGGACAGCUCAAGAUGCAAAAUCUUUCCUUAGCCAGAAAUUAGAAUACCUCGUCUCAAGCCGCCCAACAGCUGUCAAUCUGUCAGAUGCUGCCACAAAGCUUAAUGAAGUUAUUCAGAAGGCAGCUUCAACUGCUUCAGAGACCAAAGCUGUUUUUGAGGCUUAUAUUGAGGCUGCUGAAAUUAUGCUGAAGGAUGAUGUUACUUCCAAUAAAGCAAUUGGGUCACAUGGAGCAUCUUUUCUACAAAAUCAGCUAAAAGACUCUGGGAAGAUAUCAAUAUUAACCCAUUGCAACACUGGCAGCCUGGCAACAGCUGGAUAUGGAACUGCUCUGGGUGUGAUUAGGGCUGUCAAUACUUCUGGAGCUCUGGAAAGGGCUUAUUGCACUGAAACACGCCCUUUCAACCAGGGGUCCAGACUGACAGCAUUCGAGUUGGUUAGUGAAAACAUUCCCGCCACCCUUAUAGCAGAUUCUGCUGCAGCUGCUUUGAUGAAAUCUGGUCGUGUGAAUGCUGUCAUUGUUGGAGCUGACCGUGUUGCUGCAAACGGUGAUACCGCGAACAAGAUUGGGACUUACAACCUUGCUGUUUGUGCUAUGCAUCAUAAUAUACCAUUUUACGUGGCUGCUCCCCUGACUUCUGUCGAUCUAUCUUUACCUUGUGGAGAACAAAUUGUUAUAGAAGAAAGAUCACCUAAAGAGCUGUUGAAUACACAUGGAGGACUGGGUGAACAAAUUGCUGCUUCUGGUAUUUCUGUUUGGAAUCCAGCUUUUGAUGUUACCCCGGCAAGUUUAAUAAGUGGCAUAAUCACUGAAAAGGGUGUUAUCACAAAAGACAGGACCAAUGCUUUUGAUAUUGCUGGCUUUCUUGUGCACAAGGCCUCAGGAAACGUAUAAUAUCUUUUGUUGGGGAAGAAGGUUUCUAUUGUUAUCUUAAUAAUGACUAGGUGAUGUAUGCCUUUUUUAAUAAACUAUUAUCCUACUAAACAUCACUUCAUGAUUUGUACUUGACAUGUUGAAGCGAUUGUUAAGGCUUAUGAAUACGUGAGCUACUCUCUGUUUUAUUUAUUUAUAUUUAUUUAGGGCUUGUUUGGUUUGUAGAUAAGAGUAAUAUCUACUUUUCAAAGUAUUCUUACACUUUGAUGGCUGAAACACAUUAGUUAACUAAUUAUAUAGUUACUUCUAG